ACAGGAGACUGCUGGAGGACAGAUGAAGAUGGUCCGGUCCUUUCACUGAGGCAGCUGUCUCUGCUAAGCCUUGCUGACAACAUGAAAAAAGUGUGGGUGAAAGACUAUACCGAUAACUACCUGGAUCAAUAUUCAUUCAGAUACAUCAUGGGGCCUUUCAACUUACUCACCAGUGAACUGGUUGAGGAGCUGACAUGCCUGCUGUGCAGCAGAAAGAAGUUGUCCAGGGCAGCCCUCCACCUCCUAUUGGUUCCCCAGCUUCGAGGUCUGUCUCUGGAAAGUUGUCCUGCUUUGGUCACCCCAGCCCUCUGCACUCACAUUGCUGCACGCUGCCAGGAUUUGAGGAGUCUGGAUUUGUCUGGAGCCCAGCAGCUACCUUCAAAGGUCAUUUCCGAAACCCUCCAUGGCCUUCCUGCUUUGCGCUCCCUCUCUCUGACUGGCAUGUCCUGUGACAAGCAUGUAAUCAGAACAAUCGCUCACCGUUGCCGUUUGUUGCGGCAUCUAGAUGUAUCCCACUGUCAUUUGCUUUCCCCAGGUGCAUUGCUUCCUCUUGGAGGUGGGGCUUUCUGCUCAUCCUCAGGCAGUCCCUUUAAAGCUCAGAGUUCUGUUUCCACUUCCUGCUCUGAUCAGUCCUCAUCCUUUCCUGCAACCUUGGCUCCUCUUCCCCUCAGCAGUCUGCUGGCUCUGGAUAUUGGGUUUGGGGUACAAGAGGAAGAACCUGUGGCUGCUGCAGCCUACCUCCUUCUCUUGCUCCCCUCCCUGGAAAGAGUAGCCAUGGAGGGCAUAGAAAAGGCCUGCUGCCUCAUCGAGCACAGAGAGUUCAGCCUGGCAGACGAGUUUACAAGCAGGGAAGGAGUUGCCAAGCUGGAACAGGUUUGGCAGGAAAGAAGGGACAAGGAGGGCAAGGAUAAUUUAAGAAUGAGGAGAGAAAAAACAGCAGUGGAUAGCGAAAAUGAGGAUGAAGAGGAGGAGGGAUAUCAUGGGAGGAGUAUAGGAGUGGGAAGGCAGUCAGGGCAAAAAAGGACACAUCGGUCACAGUCAGACUUUGCCCUGAAACUGAAGGAUGUUAAGGGCUUAACCUUUGACUCUCUGGAUAGUUUAGGUCGUUUAUGUCCAGGCAUUUGCUCCAUGUCUGUGAGUGUUGACAGUAAUGAAAACACUAGAGGAGGAAGCAAGGUAUCUGUGUUAGCCGCGGGCCUCAAAGCCUGGUCCGGUCAGAUGCAGAGACUCUCAGUCCAAUUCCCAGGAAAUCUGGACAACCUCCUUCCCUCUCUGUUAGUUGCAGGGUCCUCUCUGAUUUCUCUUACACUUGAAGGGGUGAAAACCAACUCCUACACCAGACUCCUGCCAGUCAUCAGGGCCUGUCCCAGACUCAGAGACCUGCUCAUUUCUGCUGAGCCUUCUCCCUCCUUCCUACAAAUAGAACAUGAGGAGGAUCAACAGGACAAUGGAGAUCUUCCACGUCUGCCUAACCUUUGCUCUCUCACACUCAGUUUCUCCUAUGAGCACAGCCAAAUAAAGCCUGCCAUGUUCUGGAUGUCCCUGAAGACGGUCCUCAGGUGUCUCCUGACCGGUUCCCCUUUACUGGAGAAGCUCUCACUCGUCUCCCUGCCGUGCCCCUUGGACUACACUUUACAGAGUGUGCUACGCACAGAGAACUAUGAGCCGCGUGCUUCUGCAGAAUCCACAGGCUCACCUCUCGUGCCGCUCGGUCGGGUAUGCCACGUUGAUCUGCAGCGGACAGACGUGACGAUUAGAACAGUGAAGAGUUUAUUACAGCAGAGCAAGAGACUGAAGUAUAUGGAUGUGAGUUGCUGCUGGCAAAUUAGUUGCUCCGAGUGGCUGGCCUGCAAGAAGUGCAGUAAUGUUCAAAUUGUCUGGGCAUAAUGAAGAGAUUACCAGUGGAUUCACGUACAGCAAAUAAAACUACUGUGCACCUUUUAUAGUGUGAGGUUCUACUAUAGCUCUACGAGUUUUGGCAGGUUAUCACAGGUUAUUUUUGCACUGAGAGAACAUAUUGAAAUUACACUUGAUGACUUGUCUUAUAUAAAAAGAGUUAUUACAGUAACUUGGAUACAUUUGAAAAUGUGCUGUAUAAUUUAUACCAUGUUUUAAAUCAUUUGUUAUUGUUUUUCAAACUUAUUAGAAAGUCAAUAUUAAUGUCUUGUCUUUUCAGUAAGCUAUAAAUCUUAUAUUAAAUACCACAUGAGUGGAUUUGUGUAUGACUUAUGAUUUUAUAUCCACUAUCAAUCCACUGCACAUGUCCAAACUAUCUCAGCCUUGCCUCUCUACCUUUGUCUCCAACCCGCUCAGCCUGUGCUGUCCCUCUGAUGUACUCAUUUCUAAUCCUGUCAAUUCUGGUCACUCCCAAUGAAAACAUCUCAGUGCAAACAUCUCCAAACCACCCACCAUAGCAGAUCUCACUACCAUCUUGUAAAUCUUCCCGUUCACUCUUGCUGUUGCCUUUCUGUUAUAAAUCACUCCUGACACUCCACACUGUAUGCUCUCUUUUUCACCUCUCUCUCAUUGCCUUGGAUAUUUGACCCCAAGUAAUUAAACUCGUCCUCCUACCUCUCGCAUAUUAAACUGUUUCCAUCUCAUUCAUACACGUGUUGUGUCUUCGUUUCAAUACCUGUCCUUAAUCACCUGAACUUGCUGCACAUGAUC